UUUUAGACUGAGUAAAAGUUUAAUGAAUAUGUAUCAUCUACAUCAUCAAGUGUAUCUAGUUUAGCAACAUUGCAGUAGCUACGUGUACGCUGCGAGCCUAUUUUUGUUGUUGUUGUUAACACUGUAAAUUCCGCAUUCCAAUAUUUAGUUUGAUAUAAGACUCUCAAGAUCGCCCGCUUCACUCAGAGAAGGUUCCACUUGCGACCAAACAUCUCUCAAGUUCUUUGAACAAGCCAUACAGAGUCAGCAGGAACAUGAGCAAAGAAGACACAAAGGAUGUCAAGCCUGAUCUGGAAAAGUUGAGCGAUGUUCAGCCGACUAAGGCCGAAAGCAGCAACAUGAGCAAAGAGGACGCAAACGAUGUCAAGCCCAAUCUUCAAAGGUGGAGCGAGGCCAAGUCAAGAAGCGAAGAUGGUUACGUUGUAUCGGCGAGCAAACAGGAAGAGUACUGGUGCAGGCCCGAUGAUGAAAUGGUAGCCGGACCGAUAAAAAUUCCCAGAAAAGUGGCAAUGCCCGCCGGACCGAUAGAAAUUUCCAGAAAGAUAGAGGCAUCGACGACCGUAAAGACGAAGAAGACCGAGGAAGGUGGAGAAGGAAAGGGAUGAGGCGAGGUGGAGGACAUUGGAUAUCAGCGGAAUUGGGGAGGCUAGAUACUUGAGGCUAAAAUAUAAUUUUGUUUGUUUAACUCUUGGUCAUGUAAUCCCGUUGGCAUGUAUUUGAAAGCAGCCUAUACCGUUUCACUUCAAUUGAAAUUCACUUGAGAUCGCGCAAUAGUCAGUUUUCAGUCGGGCCAAUUUUUCAGAUCUCGUUAAGGCUAAGCUCAAACGUCGUAUUAUCCAUGAGCCGUAUUCAACGCAAAUGCAUGCAAAUGAAUCGAGUUGAUUGUUUCAUCUUCAUUUGCAUGCAUUUGCAUUGAAUACGGCUCAUGGAUGAUACGACGUUUGAACUAAGCCUAAAUGUUAGUUCAUUUUUUAGCAAAUUUUGUUAACAAAUUGUAAAAUGUACUUAAGGUAUUAAAUAGCCUUUGAAUAAACGACGCUGAUAAAUGCAUGAUACUCUCUCAA